AUGACCGCGGACUGCACGAGUUACUACAAUCCUGAGAAACUGUUUGUGAAUGGGUUUACGUGUCCUAAACAAGAUAGCGAUGCCAGAGCGGUUUUUUGUUGUGGCUUUAACGAUAUGAAAUAUUGCUGCGAUGACCCCAACAGCUUCUUUCCAUAUGAAUAUGGGUACAUGUGGUGGCUGAGUAUGGGGGCACUGGUUGGCCUGUCCAUUGCAGCUGUUGUUCUCUUGGCUUUCAUCAUUACCCUUUGUGUCCUCUGCUAUCUUUUCAUUGCCACCAAGCCCAAUCAGCCGGACAAUGGUUUACCACUACGAACACCAGGGUCUGAUCAGGGUGCCACAGGGGGACCCAGUAUUUCCACUGCCCCGGCUGGACCACAAGGGUUCCGCAAACAUUUCCUGAACCGUAAGCUGGACUGUGACAACCAGCCCCCAGAUCCAGAUCGGCUCUUUCAGAGGUGCUUCAUGGCAACGGUCACCACAGUCAAUGUGGAGGGACCCUCUUAG